AUGUCCUCCGGCGCGGGGAGCUCCGGCAGCGUGAUCCGGGAGGUGUGGGGGCCGAACCUGGAGCAGGAGAUGGCCGGCAUCCGCGACAUCAUCUUCGACUACCCCUACAUCUCCACAUGGCGCGCAGCAGCCCCGCUCGCAGCCGCCGUCGCCCGGCAGCAGGGCACCCCCGCGCGGAUGCCGACGAGGAUCACGGUGCGCUACCCGAACGAAGGUGGACUGCCGACAGGGUUUGCGGUGACCGGUGUCAGUUAG